AUGUUGUCAUUCCAGCUGGGAAGGAUGAGUUCUUGCAGCAACAUCUGUGGGACCAAGCAAGCACAGGCUGCCCCUGAGGGCGGGCACCAGCGCUACGGAGUCCGGUCCUACCUGCACCAGUUUUAUGAGGACUGUACCACCUCGAUCUGGGAGUAUGAGGAUGAUUUCCAGAUCCAGAGAUCACCUAACAGGUGGAGCUCAGUAUUCUGGAAGGUCGGACUCAUCUCCAGCACGGUCUUCGUGAUCCUUGGACUGACUGUCCUGGCGGCGGGCUUUCUCGUGCCCCCCAAGAUCGAAGCCUUUGGCGAAGCCGAUUUUGUGGUGGUCGACACCCAUGCUGUCCAGUUUAACAGCGCUCUUGACGUGUGCAAGCUGGCGGGGGCCGUUCUCUUCUGCCUCGGGGGCACGUCCAUGGCAGGGUGCCUGCUGAUGUCGGUGUUCGCCAAGAGCUACUCCCAAGAAGAAAAGUUCCUUCAGCAGAAGUUUAAAGAGCGAAUUGCAGACGUCAAGGCCCACGCCCAGCCCGUCACAAAAGCUCCGGGCCCGGGGGAAACCAAGAUUCCGGUCACUUUGUCCAGGGUUCAAAAUGUGCAGCCUGUAGCGGCAACCUGAAAUGCGCCCCACCCCAGGCUCCCCUCUCUGGUCACUUGGUGUUCACAGGGGGCGGGGGCGGGCUUUGAGAUGAUGGGGCUUGGGCUUCACUGGCCCCCCGCCGGGGCUCGGCCACGGGCGGCCCGGGCGCUGAGCUCCCCUGUGCUCCGUGCAGGUGGUUCAGGUGGUUCAGGUGGGGGUGAGGCGACCUGUCUGCUUGCACCAAGCUGCCGAGAGGGUGCUUCCGUGUGUCCCCCGGGCACCCUUGGGAGCUCCCCCAGUUAUCGUGACUCUGUCGUCUCCCGCGUUAGUGAUUGUCACCCAAACGUUAGUCCUUUAACGACAUCUUAACAUGAGGUUACUGAGAUCAGAUGCGAACGUACCGGAGUUCUCCACAAAUCUUUUGCUUGUUUGUUUUCUCCAGUUUUUUUCUUUCUUUUUUUUGUCUCCGCACUUGGAAAGCUAAAGUUGCCAACUUUAGAAUCUUGGGGAAGAAAUUAACAUUAGGGGUAUCUAUGCAGUGUCCACGGGCCAGGGAACGAGAUGCUACGACUGACUAGCUGUGUGACCUUGGGGGAUUUAACCUCCCUGCCUCAGUUUCCCCAUCUGUGUGACAGAGAUCCCGGACUGCGGUGUCAGAGAUUCCCCUUUUCCUGUGUGUCCUCGUGUCUCUCCAAGGACAUGUCUGCGACGUCCCCGUGGCUCUCUCCUCAGUGGGACCGUUUCAGAUCUGCACUCCCAGAAAACUCUGAGUCAGCACCUACUUACCUGUCAGUAUCCAACCCCAGCAGUUUACACAGUGCUGUCGUGUUUUUAUAAAGACAAAAGUAAGCCAUCCUCAAGGUGAGUCGGUAUUAACUUCUAAAAGGGUUUUCUCUCUCAAGUAAGAUGUUUCACGCUGCGGCAAGACGC